AUGAUUUGUUUGAGAGAGAAAGAGAGAGAGAGAGAGAAAAGAAAACAAGGAAAAAAAUCAGAAAUAUUAAACGAAUCACUAUCUGGUACUAGUGAUUCAUUUGUUGCAACAACAGUUGGAAGAGCAGAAACUUUGGUAAAUAGCAAUAGUAGAAUUGAAUUAAACGACGAGGUACCGGAACCGGUUGUUUCAGUGCUAAUGAAGAUGGAACAGAUGAAUACGUCUAAUGAACUUGAUUCACGUUCUGUUGCAUCCAUACGAACCGGUUCAAGUAGUUCCGGUGGCGCACUAACGGAUAGUUUCAGUCCGAGGAUAGAACCAGCUAUCGAAAGUGUGACAGUUCCCACUAGGGCAGCUAAUUUAACUGAUUGUGAUGGAUUAGCUAAUUUAAUUGAUUAUAUUAGGUCAAAUAAAUCACGAGAAAAUAGUGUACCAGCAGAGGAUGAUGAAGAUUUGGAUCUUUGGGCUAUAUGGGGAAAUCUUGUCAAGAAUUGGGAAGUGGAAAUUCGGAAAAGGCCUAAUUAUAUUAAGGAACUUGCUCGUCGUGGUAUUCCUCAACAUUUUCGUACGAUAGCUUGGCAACUAUUAAGCGAUGCUAAUGUAUCAACAGUUCAUGAUAUUUAUGCUGAUUGUAUGAGGCGAUCAUCGCCAUAUGAAAAAGUAAUAUUACGUGAUAUUCCACGGACGUAUCCCGAGUUGGAAUUUUUCAAGGAUAAUGGUCGUGGACAACAAGCGCUUUUUAAUGUUAUUAAAGCAUAUAGUAUACAUGAUAAUGAAGUAGGCUAUUGUCAAGGAAGUGCCUUUAUUGUUGGACAAUUACUAUUGCAGAUGCCUGAAGAAGAAGCAUUUGCGGUAUUUGUACGUUUAAUGGAAACAUAUCGUUUAAGAGAAUUAUUUAAACCUGCAAUGACCGAAUUAGGUUUAUGUAUGUUUCAACUCGAGUGCCUUGUUCAGGAACAAAUGCCAGAUUUGUGUACGCAUUUUAAUAAUAUGGGUUUUGAUACGAGUAUGUAUGCUAGCAGUUGGUUUUUGGCUCUUUUUACCACGACAUUACCGCUUGAAUUAGCUAACAGGAUUAUGGAUAUAUUCCUUGCUGAAGGAAUGGAAUUUAUAUUUCGUGUUUCAUUGGCAAUUUUACAACAAGCACGAAUUGAUUUGUUGAAACUUGAUAUGGAAGGAAUGUUAAAGUAUUUUCAACGUGACGUACGUGAACGAUACGAGAAUGAUCAUGAACUUUUAUUUGUUGUUGCAAAUAAAGUUACUCUAAAUGCUAAGAAAAUGAAAAAGCUGGAAAAAGAUUAUUUGGCAAAACGUACGAAGGAACAAGAAGAGGCCAUUGAAUUGAGGGUUAGUGCUUUUAUACAUCGACGAAUUAUUCGAUCUCAACUUAAUAUCAAUCCAUCCGUUAGUAUAAUAUGUUAG